GUACAAAACAUGUGCAUUAUAAUACCUUUAAUUCGAGCGUCGAGUCAAACGGACUGUGAAGUAGCCUGGUCUCCGGCCAGUCCGCAUACAGACUAUACAAACAGAAUGUUUGUUCGUAUACAUAAUAAGUAUACCUCGUCAGUACUGGCGGACUGUGGUGUUAGAGUUGUUCGUGGUACAAAUGGAACGCGAACUUUGCAAAGACUAUUUGUACAUACUGUAGCGAAAAAAAUAUGUUCUACUGGUCACCUAUUUUUUUCGCUGGUAGACAAUAUUGUUUGUGAAUGAGAAAACUUAGCUGUGGUCAGUUUUAAGGUACCAAGGUAUCGUCCAAAGUCACUGCAGUUACACGUCGACAUGUUUACAAACAUAGUUUCAUUGCGAAUAACAUGAAACUUUACUGCGCCAUGUGGUCG